UCUCAGCUUUGGUUGAUGCUACGGCAGGCCCCGGGGGAGAUGAAGCAGGACGGAUCAAAGAAUCUCUCUCACGACACGAAAUUGGAUGGCAUCUGGAAGUCGAUAUGGAUAAGAUCCUUGAAGCCAUCUUGAAUUCUUCAUACCCUGACCACAUGAAGCAGGGCUUGGUGCGGCGGGUCAUUGACGCUUCAAAACAGCCCAUGGACAGCGAGCAGUGUUGGUCGAUGCUGGAGCUGUCCACCAAAAUUUUCCUCGUCGGAGACACCAAGUUCAAGAGGUCGGUAGGAAAAGAGCUCUUGGAAGUUUGCGGCCACUACCACCAAGAGGCGUUUGAGGAGUUCUUCAAUGUCCAUUUCCUCUUAAGUCUCCUCCAAGAGGGUUACGGCUCCCUCGGGAAAAGGAGCCUGUACGUGCUGGACUAUAUCCAACUUGGGCUGCCCUUUGUUUUGGACAGGCCGUCAGCCAAUGACAUUUUCAGCCUCCUGAGGGUUGAGGUUCUCCGGAAAGUCUGCGAGAGGCCGGGGCUGAAACAGUGUGUGAAAAUCAGCAAGCUCUUGACCCAGUACCCCCAAUGUAUCCCCACUGGCAAACGCCAAGCCCUCUUCUGCCAACAGCUCAUCCGGUGCAUUGGGCAGUUCCGCACUGUCUCGGGAAGAGAAGAGGCCAUUGUGGAUUUUCUAGACCACGUAAUCAAAGUCAGCAGCUUGCUGCAGAAAAUCUGGAAGGCUCAGAUGUCCUCCAUUCUCCCGUCCUUGAAAGAACUCUUCACUAUAAUUUCUUCUAUGGAAUUCCAGCACCUCCCACCCCCUCCAGCGAGCGCCUUCCUUGUUCUGAAGUCCUCGUUCCAGACGGAAGAUGAGAUAGGAGCUCCGCUGAUGGACACUGGGCCCGUCACCGUGAAGAAGAGCAAGUUCCGGAAACUGAAAGUCGCUCGCCAGCGCCUGCUCCAACGCUUAUGA